GGGAUUUGUUCAAAAUUUUGAGGCCCCCUGGUAUUGGAAGCCUGAGACUAGCAUCUCACGCGCAAAAGUUAAUCCGUCACUAUAUCAUUCACACAGGUAACUAGGUAUCUAUGUAUCAAUUCUAACAGGUAGGCCGUAUGAGGCAGUCCUAUUGUUAGCGUACUUUAAUUUUUUAGCAACACGAAAAGUGUGUCAGCCGUUAUCCAUUGCGGCUAUAAAGAAUUAUGUCUCAAUGACUGAUAGGUACCGUUAUCAGGCAAAUUACCGCGAAACAAUAGCGUUCAAAUUUUCAUGGACUGGGCCGAAACUGUAUUUAUCACAGCUAUGCUAAUUGCGCGCGGUCGUUUAUCGCUCAUUUCUUGGCCUGAUAAGAUUAUAGCAGUCAUAUGGCGCGUACCUACGCCAUCUUUUUCAAGUUUUGUUUAAGAAUUUUGUAAAUAUUCAAGUACGAAUCUUUUAUUGAGGUGUUUUCGAAGUGUUUUAGUGAAAUUGGUGAUGUGUUUACGCGUUGCUUUGCAAGAAAUGAGUGAUAUUGGUUAAAGCCAUGCAUAAUCCAAGGCCGCUUGAGUUUGUAUCUUGGAUCGAGCCGCACCGCAGCCGGUCCUCGUCUUGGUCGUCAUGGCGGAGGACGACCAGUUCCGUGCGGCCGGAACCGAGGCUCUCCUUGCAAUAUCAGACUGAUGAAAACAGCUUCCUGCUUCGGUUGAAGAUAGUAGGAGCUUAUUCAUUGGCUAAAAAAGACAUUUUUGGUGCUAGUGAUCCGUAUGUCCGCGUUGAACUGCAAAAGGUGGACGGUGAUGUCACGCUUGAAACUUUUCUUACGAAGACCAAGAAGAAGACUUUAAACCCAGUAUGGAAUCAGGAGUUUGUAUUCAGGGUGAAGCCCCAAGAGCAAAAGCUGCUCAUCCAGGUGUUCGACGAGAACCGGCUCACCCGCGACGACUUCCUGGGCAUGGUGGAGAUCCCGCUGAGCGGCGCGCCCGUGGAGAGCGCGGCGCAGACCCGCGCGCCGUCCGUCAAGUACCCGCUGCGGCCGCGCAGGUCGGUUGCGCGGUCGCGCGUGCGUGGCCACAUCGAGGUGUACCACGCACUGGUGGGGCGCGUGGGCGAGCCGGGCGCCGAGCCCACGCCUGAGCCCGCGCCCGACGGCUGGGAGAUGGUGGAGCCCGCUCCACAAGUGGGCAACGUGCAGCCGACCAUAGUGGAAGAACAAUCACCUAUCACUAUAACCGUGGAAGAACCACUCACUCCUAUGUCUAGCAUGGAUGAAGAUUCAGCGAUCGGCGGAGACGUCCUACCUCCAGGCUGGGAGGAGAGACAGGAUGCGAAUGGACGCACGUAUUACGUGAAUCAUAUAGCGCGAUCCACGCAAUGGGAGAGGCCUACGUUCACGCGCAACAUAAGCAUAGAAUCACAAGCUGAACGUAUGGAAACGGCAGUGACGGAGUUUCAGCGACGGUUCCACAUCUCGGACGAGGAGCACGCGCCCACGCGUGGGCACAGCCCUGCGCCGCGGCCCCCCACGCCGCCCACGAGCCUGCCCACGCCCACCGCACUACCCGCCUCGCCGCCCACGAGUCUGCCCACGAAUCUGCCUGCCGUGCCGUCUCAGGAGGAAGUGAGUGAUAGGCGAGCCGAAUCGACUGAAAACACUCCUUACUCUACGCCGAUCCUUUCCCCGGAGCUGGCAGACCAGGCUUCUGCAGCCACAAUAACUGAACCUACAACAAAUAUAAGCAAUGACUGUGAUACUAAUGUAAGAGAAAGUCCAAACGAGGAAGAUGAUGUCGUAUGUGCAAAUGAACAUGUUCCAAGUGUGGAAGAGACGGCCACUACAGAAGAGACUGUCGAAAAUGCUCAAGAUUCAACCAAUGAGAAUCAAAAUUCUAGUCAAGAAACGGUAGAGUCCGAAGUCAAUGAAGCUGAAAACGAAAGACAAACUUCUAAUGAAGUGAAUGAAGUUGUUAAUGAUACGGAAUCCAAUGGAGUCAUAGAUCAAGAUAUAGAUGAUAGAGAUUACGAUUCGAGGACGGAGAUUGAGGAAAUAACGUUUGGGAGGGAAAGGACGUUCACGGAAGAGACUGGGGACGAUUCGACGGAAUCCCUGACGUUUGAUGAAAACCAUUUCAGCACGCCUACGGGAGGGGUCACUCCGGAGAGGCGACAAUCGUCGUCUAGGCGAAGGAGGACUACCGCAAGCUCUUUGGAUGACUCGGAGGAUGACACAGACGGGUCCACGGAAAGCACACGCAGUAGCACGUCGAGUACAAGCCAGAGUCAAAAUCUUCCUAACAGUGAUGGUCUACCGCCAGGUUGGAGCAUGCAACGCGCUCCCAACGGCAGGAUAUUCUUCAUCGACCACAAUCAGAAGACUACCACGUGGAUUGAUCCCAGAACAGGUUGCGCGUCCAGUUUGCCCAGCGCGGCGGCGGCCAACGCGGGGGCCGAAGCCGACGGCUUGGGUCCUCUGCCGGAAGGCUGGGAGGAGAGGGUGCACACCGACGGACGGAUAUUCUUCAUUGACCAUAACACGCGAACAACGCAGUGGGAGGACCCGCGGCUGUCCAACCCUCAGAUCGCGGGCCCGGCCGUGCCGUACUCGCGCGACUACAAGCGCAAAUACGAGUACCUCAAGAGCCAACUGCGCAAGCCCAGUAAUGUACCGAACAAAUUCGAGAUCAAAGUGAGAAGAAACUCCAUUUUAGAAGACUCCUACCGUAUCAUAAGUUCUGUUAGCAGAUUAGAUCUACUCAAGACUAAGUUAUGGGUCGAAUUCGAGUCGGAAGUUGGAUUGGACUACGGCGGUCUUGCGCGGGAGUGGUUCUUCCUGCUGUCCAAGGAGAUGUUCAACCCGUACUACGGGCUGUUCGAGUACUCCGCGAUGGACAACUACACGCUGCAGAUCAACCCCAACAGUGGGGUGUGCAACGAGGAGCACCUCAACUACUUCAAGUUCAUCGGCCGCGUGGCCGGCAUGGCCGUGUACCAUGGCAAGUUGCUCGACGCAUUUUUCAUCCGUCCAUUCUACAAAAUGAUGUUGGGCAAAUCCAUUGAGCUACAGGACAUGGAAUCGGUGGACUUGGAGUACUACAACUCCUUGAUGUGGAUAAAGGAGAACGACCCAUCAGAACUGUACCUGACGUUCGCAGUGGACGAGGAGCAGUUCGGCAAAACAAUCCAGAGGGAGUUAAAGCCUGGAGGCGCCAAUAUAUCCAUAGACAACGAAAACAAAGACGAGUAUAUUAAGUUAGUAAUCCAAUGGCGGUUCGUCAGUCGAGUCCAGGAGCAGAUGUACGCGUUCCUCGAGGGUUUAGGAGGCUUGGUGCCUCUGCCCCUGCUGAAGAUCUUCGACGAGAACGAGCUGGAACUGCUGCUGUGUGGUAUUCAGCAUAUAGAUGUGCGCGACUGGCGCGCCAACACGCUGUACAAAGGCGACUACCACGCUAACCACAUUGUGGUGCAGUGGUUCUGGAGGGUGGUCCUAUCAUUCUCCAACGAAAUGCGCUCAAGACUACUGCAGUUUGUGACGGGCACCUCACGCGUGCCCAUGAACGGGUUCAAAGAACUGUACGGCUCGAACGGGCCACAACUCUUCACCAUAGAGAAGUGGGGCUCGCCUGACAACUACCCACGCGCUCAUACCUGCUUCAACCGCAUCGACCUCCCGCCCUACGAAAGCUACCAGCAGCUGCGCGAGAAGUUGGUCAAGGCCAUCGAGGGCUCGCAAGGCUUCGCGGGCGUCGACUGAGCCUCGGCCGGCGACCAGAUACAAGCGUUCCUUAGGGCCUUAUAUUCCUUGUUAUGACGGCGUAUUCAUUGAUGAUUGUGGUGAUUGUGAUGAUUGUGGUAUGAUUGUGAUGAUGUAAGUUGUUUUUGUUUCAAACUGUAUCAUGAAAGAAUGACAUUCAAAAUUUCUUAUCAAAGAUUCACGGUCGUCGACUGAUCCUUGGCUAGAAAAAAGAUACAAGCUUUCUAUACAUACUACUGCUACUAGUAUACCAUAUAUUAUACUAUAUUUGGGCAAAUAACUGAUUGAGAUUGGUCAAUACCAUCAAAGGUUCGCGGGCGUCGACUAGCUAGAGCACGGAUACAACAUUUUCUUAGAGCCAUAUUAAAUACCUUGUUAUGACGGCGUAUUCAUUGAUAAUGGGGAUUGUAAUCAUUUAUCAAAUGAUUAUGAUUAUGAUGAUGGAAGUCGUUUUUGUUCCAAACUAUAAAAUUUAAGAAUGACUUUCAAAAAUUCUUGUCAAAGGUUCGCGGUCGUCGAUUUAGCCUUGGCUAGAGCAAAGAUACAAGCUUUCCUUAGAGCCUUAUAUUCCUUGUUAUAACGACGUAUUCGUUGAUGAUAAUGAUUGUGAUGAUUAUGAUAUGAUUGUGAUGAUGAUAAUUGCUAUCGUUUCUUUAAUAACAAUCAAGGACAACUUCAACUUUAAUAAUAAUAGAUUUCACAUACAAAACUAAAAUAAUUAUUUAAUUUUUUCUUAAUUUUGUGAUCAACAACUGUGCAACAAGUUCAUCAAGGUGUUUAGAUCAUUACUUAUUUACUGGGCAUGUUUGUCAUCAAAUGGAAGCCUAUUGUCAGCUCUUUACCCGUAGUGAGGUGACCGCGAACGCCGCGAAAAGUGAUAAUGAAGUAAUUUUGCCUUCCAUGGCAGCCUUUGAUGGGGUGCCUCCACACAUACCCAAGUAAAUGUUCGACAUACUUGGACGGUAUAAAAUCGAUUCAAUUAAGUUUUUAUCAUACUAACUGUGGUUUCACCAACAGCGAGUGACGUUGAAAUGGGGAAUAAAUUGGGUAUAGUGACAGUUUUUGUAUGGAAAACCUGUCAAAAUAUCAAAUUUACUCUCCGAUAACACUUAUUUUUACGUUGGUCAACUCGCCCCUAAAUUGUUUAAACGCGAAAGUGUUAGCUUACUUGUAAUCAUUUCUAGAUUAAAUAGUUGAACCGAUUUUGAAAUUUUGCAAAGCGAUAGCGAUAUAUUUUGAAGAUGGACAAAGGCGAAUUAUACUGCAUGAAAAUACAAGUAUAUUAGUCCCACAAGGUUUCAAGCAAAUGAAUUCGCAGAAAAAGUUUGUGAGGGUUAUAUUAUUGUACCUACAUAGAAAUUGUUUUGAUUUACGUUUCCCCUAGCAUAACCGAAAGUAGCUUGUCCCUUUGUAAAAUAUAAUAAUGUAUACCGCAAAACUGUUCCAUCAAUUUCAUUAGUAUUUCCCAUAAAAAGAUGCCGAUAACGUGUGGAGGCAUCCUCAAGAAUUGUUUAUCAAACAAAAAUGUACGAUAUUCCAUUAUUUUAAGGUCCAUAUUUGUUUGUCCGGUGUGAAGUUAGGACGGGUCGAUAUAUGCCUUACUCAUUUAUGUGAUUGUGACUAAUAUUCUAAUGUUCUUAGAGUUUUUAAAAUGUGAGUUAAGAGGAUUGCUAU